AUGGGCAGUGUGAAUCCUGUGCUUGCGCUGGUGAGCCGCGCCGACGCGCUGGCGAACAGUUUCAAUGCUGUGUAUCAGCAGACGCUGCCCGCGGUCGACGCGCUCGCGACGCUGCACCCGGACGACCCGCAGUGCGAGCCGUACAUGCAGGUCCUGCGCGAGGGCCUCACUGCGAUGGAGGAGCGUACCGAGCAGAUGGUGAAUAUGCUCUACGAGGUCGAUGUCUACAUGGCGCCGUCUGCAGCGCAGUCUGCGGCCGGAUUCAACCCCCAGGAGGCGCUGUCGCACGUCUCGGACCUGUUUCACAGUUACCAAGCGGAGCUGCUGGCCAAGCGCGAGCUGCUGGCCGACUAUACGUGCGAGGAGAUUGGCGCGCAGCAGUUUGCUGCGCAGUGGCACACGCUCGACGAGGUGCAGCAGGGCCGCAAGCAAGAGAUGGAUGAUUUGGCCGACCUAUUGGCGAAUUUUGGCUAG